AUGAAUUUGCAGCCUAGUCGCAGUAGCUACCCUGUGGUGAAAGCUCAAUCGAACAAGGUUAGUACUGGUGCAUCAACAAAUGCUGCAAAAAUCGAUGGGCCUUCAGCUGAAGCCAAGGAGAAAAAUUCAUUGAAGAACUCGUCUUCUUCUUCUUCUUCACCUGAAUUAGCUACAGAGGAGUCUAUUUCUGAGUUCCUUGCCCAAGUAACAACUCUUGUCAAGCUUGUGGAUUCGAGAGAUAUUGUUGAGUUGCAGUUGAAACAACUUGACUGUGAACUAACCAUUCGGAAAAAGGAAGCCUUACCUCAACCCCAAUCUCCACAGUACGUCAUGAUGCAGCAACCAAAUCAACCAUCUUAUGCCCAACCAAUGGCUCCUCCCCCUGCACCUGCUGCUUCCUCACCAGCUCCUCCCACACCAGCCUCCCUUCCUCCACCUUCCCCACCUACUCCUGCCAAAUCAUUGCUUCCUACUGUUAAAAGCCCUAUGGCAGGCACAUUCUACCGUAGUCCUGGACCUGGUGAACCACCCUUUAUUAAGGUUGGAGAUAAAGUGCAGAAGGGGCAAGUUCUCUGCAUUGUUGAAGCCAUGAAGUUAAUGAAUGAAAUAGAGUCUGACCAGUCAGGAACUGUAGUCGAUAUCGUCGCAGAAGAUGGCAAGCCUGUCAGCCUCGACACUCCUCUGUUUGUGGUUCAACCGUAGAAUCGGCUACCAUGAGAAAUGGUAAAAAGAAGAAGCUCUACUAAAAAAUCAAAUCUCUGUGCUUUUUGGUAAAACAAUUUGCAGAGACUCUCUUUACGAAAAAUGUUUCCCCUUCGUUUGUCACUGUUAAAGUCCUGUUAGGUUUCUUUAGUUUCGUGAGGAAAAGAUUCGAGUUUUUUUUCUUCUUCUAGUUUCUCUAUUCGUUAAAAGACAUAUUUUUUUCAAAAGCUCUGUUUUUUUUUUUUCUAUUCACUUUCUAUAUAUACACGAACUCUUGUUCUAUUCUAUUGCAAUUUUCCAAUUUCAAUAUUUAA